GCUACAAAACAAGUAAAUCUAAUCAAUAGAGGCCCAUUUAAGGCCCAUUAAACCUUGAAUAUUAAAAAUUGAUUCAGAGUUAGAAAAAGAAAAGAAACACAUGACCCCUAAAUCGAGAGGCUUCGUUAGGAGAAGGAGAAGCAGAAGAGUGUUGGUUCUCGAUUGUCGAUCUCAACAAUGGCGUAGUCUCCCCAAAAUGCGUCAACCUCGAGCUUCUCCUGCCGCGUAUGUUAAGGAUGGUCUGAUCAUUGUGAUUGGAGGUUGCAGGUCCAAGAAUAUCGAGACUUGGGGAGAGAUUUAUGAUCUAAAGACCAAUACUUGGGGGCGAAUACUGCUCCAAUCACAUGAUCCCACAGUUCAAAAUGCUUACUUGAAUCGCUUUAAACCUAACUUGCAGACGAAUGCUUGCUAUGUAGAGAUUGACAAGGUGUCGUGCCUGAUAUUUUUAUCCGAUGGGAAGCUAUUUUGGCGUGAAACAAAGCAAGGUUUUGAGAGGUGUAGUGUUAUAUUGGGAGAUGAUGAGCAAGUGUCCUCUUAUCAACUUGUUUCGGUGGCAAACGCCGCCGGAGGAGGAAGAGUGACAGUUUGGUGGAAGUCGGGGUUAAAAGUUCUGGAUCUCUUAAGUGGCACUGAGACUUGGGAAUGUUACACAAAUAUUCGGUGUGCAGAGAUUUCGUUUGAGAGAAGAGGUUUAAGAGAGCUUUGGGGAUUCGUUGAAUGGUCUAGAGAGGUGUUUACCGUUGAUGGAUAUGACGAUACUUACGAUUUCUUUUUAAAUUCUGCUAUUGUGACCUAUUGAUCAGUGGGACUUUAUCUUACUUGUACUGUGGGAAUUUUGAGUAUGAUUUUAAUAGAUAAAUAAAUGUGAUUUGCUAACAACAUUACAACAUAGAUCUAAGCAUUCAAGGUUGUGUGGUGCCUGAUGGCUUUUGAUGAAGGGGAGGUUUUCUACUUUGUAUCAGACUUUUGCUUGCUAGUGAAAGAGAGAAUAAUGGGCACAACAUUUUUGUUACUCCAUGGGAAAGAUAAUGUAGAGUGGUCUCAAGGAAAAAAUGGUGUGGAGAGUGGUCAAG